AUGGCCGACGUAGAGAUGGAAAUCGACAACCCGCCCUCCCCGGGCAACGCCGCCGCCGCCGCCGCCGCCCCCCCGGCGCGCAACGAAGAGAUGCAAACCCACGGCCGCGCCACCGCCGUCCGCUCCAUCGAGGGCUGGAUCGUCAUGGUGACCAACGUCCACGAGGAGGCCGACGAGGAGACCAUCCAGGACAAGUUUGGCGAGUACGGCGAGAUCAAGAAUUUGCACCUCAACCUGGACCGAAGAAGCGGUUACGUCAAGGGCUACGCCCUCAUCGAGUACGCGACCCUGUCCGAAGCCCGCGCCGCCAUCGACUCGGCCCACGAGACGAAGCUCCUCGACCAGACCGUCUACGUCGACUUCGCCUUCGUCCGUCCCCCGCCCGGCGGAAAGGGCGGCGCCAACAACCGCGGCGGAGCGAGGGCCCAGAACCGCGGUCGCGGACGCAGCCGCAGCAGGAGCAGGAGCAGGAGCGCCGAGAGGGACGCCGCCGCCAAGGACGGCGAUAUCCAAUGA